CUUGAAUUUAAACUUGUCUAUAUUUUUUCAUUCUUCUUACUUAAAAAAUCAAUAAUAAUUUAGUAUAAUUUACAAUCUUGACUUUUUAACAAUGACAAAUGGGACAUUGGAAUUUGAAGCUUUUGUAUUAGAAUAAUACGGAAGUUUGGGAUAUACAUUUGAAGCUUUUUGUAUUAUGCAAAAGAAGGAAGAAGUUUGAAGGUAACUUUAAAGUUUAGAAUUGUACACAAAUAAGAAUUGCUGCAAUUUGGAUUUCUACGAAAAUGAAAUUAUCAAAAAGUGCUCAAUUCUAUAGUAGCUACUUCUAACCUUCAUAAUUCUAAAAGCAACACACAUACCAACUUAAAGAAUUAUUACAAUCACAAGUGCAAGUCAUUUACACUGAAAUCUACUAUGAAAGUUUAAUAAAGACUAAAACUACAGACUAAAAAAUAUUUUAAUAAACAGAAAGAAAUAUCAACAUAAAUCAAACGGGAAGUUUUAAAUUUUUUCAGGAAAUGGCUAUUCCAUAGUUAUAAAGAAUGGAAAUUGUCUAGCAAGAGUGAUAUUUUCUAAUGGCAAAAGUAAUGGAUUGAAAAAGUGAUUCCUGGAAACAGAUGAUUUGUCAACUAAAGGUUUAUCCCCACUGUGAAUGGUCAAAAUAAAAAAAGAGAAAAAAAAAGAGAAAAUGUUGUCGGAAUUGAUCGAGAGGGGCGACAGUGUUUAAAAUCAAAAGGUGGCCUUUGAAUAAAGAAAUGCAUGGAAUAAACUUAGUUUUACAUAAAAUUUAUCAACAAAUAGUAUACUUCACAUCAUCAGUGAUUUAGUGUAACCACUACAACCAAUAAAAGUUAUGUCUCAUAAGGGGGAGAAUUUCGCAGCCUUUACUGUGCUCUUACUAGUCGCAAUAAAUGUUGCGGGUCUAGGGAUACCCGUGUGGUAUAACAAAGAACAUAAGCAUAGUGUGAAUACGACUGUUGAAAAACCCAACUGUGUUGUACACGUGAACGUUCGGGAAGGCUUGUGGCAAAGAUACUGUAUAGAAAGCAGGGUAGAGAACUGUGAAUUGGAUGUUCAAGAAUGGUGUGACAAUCUAGAUUUUCCAGUGUACAACGAUUUUGUCAUAGCAACAGAAAUAUGUGGCGAUUUGAUUCUAUUGUUUGUGUUUGGAACAAUUAUUCGUAGCAAAUGUCGGAAAAAAUCAUUCCAUCUAGAGAUGGUGGGGGCGGAGGCUGGUCUUGGAGGUCUGUUAAUGAUGGUUGGUGUUCUAGUGUACGCAGCAGCCGACAGUGAGAUAGGUUACCAGGCAACAGACCUCCAUAUUGGUUGGGCAUUAUGUUUAUCAGCAGGGGGCAUAGCAUUCUUAUUGUGUAUAUUCUGUAUAUGUAGGCACGUUAAAUCAAUACCCACAAUGCCUGAAGGUUAUUUUCCUAUAGACGAUGAAGAUGACGAAGAUGAAUUAAUGUUAAUGGAUGUGUGACAGACAAAAAUGUGACAUUAUGUCACAGUAAAUAUGUAACAGACAACCAUGUGACAUUAUGCCACAGUUAAUAUUUAACAGACAACCAUGUGACAUAAUGUCACAGAAAAUAUGUAACAGACAACCAUGUGACAUAAUGUCACAUAAAAUAUGUAACAGACAACCAUGUGACAUAAUGUCACAUAAAAUAUGUAACAGACAACCAUGUGACAUUAUAUCACAGUAAAUAUGUGAAAGACAAAAAUGUGACAUAAUGUCACAGAAAAUAUGUAACAGACAACCAUAUGACAUUAUGUCACAGUAAAUAUGUGAAAGACAAAAAUGUGACAUAAUGUCACAGUAAAUAUGUAACAGACAACCAUGUGACAUAAUGUCACAGUAAAUAUUUAACAGACAACCAUAUGACAUUAUGUCACAGUAAAUAUGUAACAGACAACCAUGUGACAUAAUGUCACAGUAAAUAUGUAACAGACAACCAUGUGACAUUAUGUCACAGUAAAUAUGUAACAGACAACCAUGUGACAUUAUGUCACAGUAAAUAUGUAACAGACAACCAUGUGACAUAAUGUCACAGAAAAUAUGUAACAGACAACCAUGUGACAUUAUGUCACAGUAAAUAUGUAACAGACAACCAUGUGACAUUAUGCCACAGUUAAUAUUUAACAGACAACCAUGUGACAUAAUGUCACAGAAAAUAUGUAACAGACAACCAUGUGACAUUAUGUCACAUAAAAUAUGUAACAGACAACCAUGUGACAUAUUGUUAGGGUAAAUAUGUAACAGACAAAAAUUUGACACAUUGUUACAGCUAAUGAUGUGACAUAUUGUCACAGUAAAAGUGUUACAGACAAAAAUGUUAGUGUUACCUCAAGUAUGAUUAUCUGUCACAGCAAAUGUACAACAAAUAACAAUGUGACAUAACAUCACAUAUGUAACAAACAAAAUAAUUUACAUGUAUGUAAGUGUUUAAGUAAGUGUUAAGCAGAGAAAUGUGUAACGUAAAAAAACAUGUUUAUAGCAUCACAUCA